UGACCUCGGUCCGUGGCAGGUGUGCGUGGUCGUGAUGGGAAGUUCGGCUCUUUUUACGGACUCGGAUCUUUUCGACUCGUUCGGUCAAAAUGAGGAAUCGUUCGACUCUCCCGAGGUGCUGAGCCGGAAGAGCGUGUAGGACAGGUCAUCAGUCCUGUGGUAGGCUGGGAGUCAUUGCGCAACGUUGCCUCUUAGCAGGUCAAACGAACGACUAAGAUGAACGAGUGGCGAUUCAUGACUCUCGAGUCAGUAAAGAGAGUCGUUGAAAUAGAAUGAAUCGUUUUCGAAAUGCACAUCGGGGAGCGUGGUGAUACAGAGGUGUCACCGUUUGUCUUUACUGUAUCAGUUAUCCUGUCAGAGCUGCAGAAUCCACUGCGCUGUUUCCGGCGCCACGUUUGUGGUCAUGUCGCAUCAGUGUGUCGGAGGGCAUGGGACAGAUGUGUGUAAUGUCGGGUUAGUUGGAAUAGGUAUUUUAUAUGUCCCUUGUCCCAUUUUGUAUCACAAAGUAUAAUAGUUUUAUAUUAUAGUCCAGUUGAGGGCUAUAAUGCGACUUAUUGGAUGCCAUCCGCAGGUUAAACCCCACCGAAGAAGAACUGCGCAUCACCAGCGCAGAUAUUUCACCGGAUGUAUAAAUGUGAAGCAUCCGUUUGGGGUUUCCACGGUAGUGAGAGGAAGCCCAGUGUCCGGCAGUGGGAGAAGAUGGAACGAUAUGGAUUUUGGCCUACAUUUUGCACAUUUUCUCAUCAAUUAAACAUUUGAUCUCAAUACCAUGUUCUGUUCCAAAAAACUAGAAUAUGUUACGAACAGAGUGGAAUACGUUUUGUACAUUUUACCCUUUGUUAAAGUUUUUAAAAAUAGUGUUGUUUAGAAAGAGUGCAAAGAGUAGUCGUUCCCUAACUGAAACAUGCACAUAUAUGUGCUAGAACGCGCCAAUAGAAUCGCUCUGGCUCGGGCUUGGCUCUGCCCACAAUGACUCAUUUGUUCCUGUUUGAAAAGAAAGGCUGUGAUCUAUCUUGGUCUAGUUAUAAAUAUCUGUGUCACUGGCGUGAGGUUCAACGUGCAAAGCGUCAGAAGAAAACAACAGCAGAAGCAUGAAGCCCCAACAGAAGUUAUUAAACUCAGUAGACCGCUGUGUAGACGAGGCCCUGGAAGGCAUUGUCUCUAGCUCUGGAUGUCUCUCUCUGCUGAGGGGCCACAGGGUGGUGGUCAGGGCUGAUCUGGAGGCCCUCAAGGGCCGGGUGGCCCUGCUGUCUGGAGGGGGGUCUGGACACGAGCCAGCACACGCAGGGUACAUAGGUAGCGGUAUGCUAUCAGCAGCGGUUGCAGGUGGUGUCUUUGCCUCCCCUCCCCCGGCCAGUGUUCUAGCGGCCAUUUUGUCUCUACGUGACGCGGGGGUGUCGGGAGUUCUACUCAUCGUUAAGAACUACACCGGAGACCGCCUCAACUUCGGCCUCGCUGCGGAACAGGCCCGUAACCGCGGCGUCGCAGUCGAAAUGGUGAUUGUCGCCGACGACUGUGCUUUUGAUCAACCCAGUAAGGCUGGGAGGAGGGGCCUGUGUGGAACGGUGUUUGUUCACAAGCUUGCUGGGGCUCUGGCUGAAGAAGGUUGUCCAUUGGACGAGAUUGUCUCCAAGGUGACAGAGGCAGUGAAGGGCAUUGGUACUCUGGGGGUCAGCUUGUCUCCCUGUAGUGUUCCAGGCUGUCUGCCUUCCUUUGACCUGCCUGCUGGAGAGAUGGAGCUGGGACUGGGUAUCCAUGGUGAGCCUGGCAUUAAGAGGUCGAAGGUGACCUCGGCGGAUGAGGUGGUGAAGAACAUGGUAGACCAUAUGACCAACCCUGCCAGCCAAUCACAUCUGUCUCUGAAGUCAGGUGACAGUGUGGUUCUGUGUGUUAACAACCUUGGAGCUCUGUCUUGUCUAGAGAUAUCUGUUGUUACUAGAUCUGCUAUACGCUACCUGGAGGGUCGUGGGGUGCGGGUUGCCCGGGUGAUGUCGGGGUCAUUUAUGACAUCACUGGAAAUGGCGGGAGUGUCUCUGUCAAUGAUGAGAGCAGACCAGGAGAUACUCAGACUGUUUGAUGCCAAGACAACAGCCUCUGCCUGGCCCAACCUCAGUACUGUGUGUAUCAGUGGGACAAGUUACAUUCUGGACCCUCCAGCGAAAGACAUGCAAGAGACCUCGCACACAGAAGGUCCUCUCAGUGAUGUGAUGCGGAAGGCUCUAGAAGCGGUGUGCUCUUCCCUUCUUCAACGCCAAGAGGAACUAAACUCACUGGACAGGGCAUCCGGGGACGGAGAUUGCGGGAACACUCAUGCCCAAGCUGCCAAAGCCAUUCAGGAGUGGCUUCCGAGUCACAUUGUCCCUGGGUGCCCGGGGCAACUACUGUCCACUCUCGCCGGAUUGGUGCAGGAGAGAAUGGGCGGGUCUUCAGGAGCGUUAUACAGUUUGUUCCUGACAGCAGCUGCUGCUCUUCUGAAGGACCGCAGCGACCCCGCAGCCUGGGCCAACGCUAUGCAUGCUGGGACAGACGCUAUGAGAUGGUAUGGGGGAGCUGAUCCUGGAGACAGGACUAUGUUGGAUGCUCUGUGUCCAGCAGUGGACGAACUGAGGAGACUGACAACAUCGCCACCUGGUGGUCACAUGGCCAUUCUACAGGCUGCUGUGGAGGUACAGUACACUUCACCUUAAACCUCUUCAAUUCUACCAUGUUGAUGCGAUGGCUGUACUUAAAUCUAACUCUUCAAUUCCACCAUGUGGCGUAGACAACCUGAAGUACUGCAGGAUUUUAUUCCAACUAGGCGCCACACCUGACGAACCGAGCUAAUUGAUCAGUUCGGUGAUUGCCUAAAUUCAACACACCUGGGGCCUAAAUGUAUCGGUUUCUAUUGGCUAGGUCAGUACAGUAAAAUGCCAUAGCCCCCCUAAAGCAGUCAGUACAGUAAAA